AUGAAUAAUAAGAAGAAUUUUUCCAAAUAUAUGGAUAAAAAGAUAUAUGUAAAUGUACCUAAAGAAAGGAUGAACGAAGAAUUUCGAAAUGUUAGGAAAGAAGAAAAUUUAAGCAAUGUUGUAAAUACAAGUGAAAGGAGGAUUUUGUUCUAUAAAACGAAAAUAUGUCCAUGGUAUAUUAAAGGAAAAUGUGAAAGAAGGAAAACUUGUUUGUAUGCACAUGCACAAAAUGAAUUAAGAGAGUUGCCAAAUUUAUGUAAAACCAGUUUAUGUCCCAAACUAAAAAUUAAUGAAUCCUGUAAUGAUAAGAAAUGUAAAUAUGCACACACGAAUAUCGAAUUAAGAGCCACAGAAAAUUUGUAUAAGACAGCAUUGUGUGAAAGUUUUAUUAAGGGUAAAUGUUUUUCAGGACAAUUUUGUAGGUAUGCACAUGGCCAGAAUGAAUUAAGAGAAAACCCUAUGGAAAUAACAGAUAAGAAUAUUAUUAUUGGAACAAGUAAAAUGAAAAAUGAAAAAUUGGAUUAUGAAAAAAAGAAAAGUGUAAACAGCAGUUGCAGUAGCAUUAACAAUUUUGACAACAGUAGGAGGAAUGAAACUUAUUGCUUUUUACCAAAAAAGAAGGAAAUGCAUUUCAACAAAAAUAAUAAUAAUGCACUGACAGAUAUUGAUGGCAUAUGUGAUAUAACAGAAACCAUUGAUUCACAAGUACAGAAUGAUAGCACAACGGACAUUUCGUAUGAUUAUAACCGAAAGGGAGGAGAUUAUAUUUUAAGGAAUGGUAGUAGCAAUAGUUGUAGUAGCAAUAGUAAUAGUAACAAAACUGCUGCUACUAUUACGGCUGCUACUACUGCGCCUGCUUCUUCGGCUACUAAUACUGCUGUUACCAUUGCUGCUACCAUUGCAACUGCUGCGUCUACUAAUACCGCCUCUACUUCCUCCGCUGUUGCUGCAACCACAAGCAACAGUAGUCUAAUUAGUAACAGUCAUAAUGUCAAUAACAUUAAUAACAGUAGAAUGAUGAGUAAGAGGAGUGAUAUUUUUGAUUAUCAUAAAAAAGGGCAAAGGAAUCAAAAAUAUAAUAUUAAAGGGUGUGCAAAUAUUGUGAAUAGAAUCCCCACCUGUGAUAAUAACAGUAGUAGUAUUGAUAAUAACAACCAUAUCACAGUUUCUUCACAUGUAGGAAAUUUUUUUAAACAAGAGGACAUAUCAAAGUUUAAUGAUGAACAAUUCUUGAGCGACAAUCUAAAUGUUUUAGGUUUUUUAGAAGAUCAUACGACUAAUAAUAACAGUAUUGAAAAAUUUGUAAAAGGAAAUAAUAAUUCUAUGACCAUGGCAGUAAAUGAUGUUUUAAUGAACUCCACUAGUAGUUUUCCUAAUAAUACAAUAAUAUGUGGAAGUACAAGUAGCAGCAGUAGUAGUAGUUCAUAUAUGAAAUAUUCGAGAAAUGAAAAUAAUAAUAGAAGUAAUAAUAAUAACAGUAAUAGUAAUAGGAGUGGUGGUGUAAUAAAUAGCAGCAAUUCAUCAUCGUCCCUGGCAAAUUUUAAUAUUUCUUCUUUACUUGGUACAAAUGUGGAUAUGCAUUCAAAUAGUAAUAUAACUCCAGAAGAAAAUUAUUACAGUUUCAAUGUAAACAAUAUGGAAAAAAUUAAUUAUGAAGAUUUUUUUUUCAGUGGUACCACGAACAAUGAUGAUGUUGUUAACAAUGAUAACAGUGAUAAUAUUAUAAAUAAUAAUGAUGAUGUUACCUAUAGGUCUCAACUGCUUUUAUGUAAAUAUAUGUCAAUUAAAGAUUUAAAGAACAACGGAGAAAGAUAUGAAAGUAUGUCUUCAGAUAUUAGCAGAAAUGUAAAUGGUACUAAUAAUAUGGUAAACGAUUGUGUGCAAGGAAGUAUGAAUAAUAAAUUGAGGAGGGAUAGUGAAAAUUCGGACAGUUUAGCUAGCUGGGAAAAUUUUUCUCUUUUAGGAAAAACCAAAACAUUUAACCCGGGAAAAGAUUAUUUCAAAAUUUUUAAUUACGGAAUGUGCAAUAAUUAUGAUAAGAAAUUGUUUGAGAAUUGCAAUGUCCAUAAAAGCAAAAUGGAUAAAGUUGACAAAUCUUUGUUUAUUCUUUAA